AUGAGAGAUGAAGUACUUGGAAGUGAGGAAAAGAAGGAGGACGAGGUCGACGAAGAAAAUGUUGCGACGGAAGCUGAUCCCCGGGAGACUUGCUGCUGGCCCGGCUGGACGUUUACCGACGACGUUGUUGUCUUCCAGCCCGUCGAGAAGUUUUCAAAGCGACCAAGAAGCGCAGCGGCCGAGGUAGCUGAGUCAGCGAGUGACAGCAGCAGCGAAGGAGAAGAGAAGAAAAGAAGAAGAGAAGAAGAGAAGAAGUCGUUGGUCUAUCAUACACUGUGGCUGCCGUACGAUACUGUACACUGCUCUCUGGGCAUUCCCAGGAGCUCUCUGCAAAGGAAGGCAAAAAAAAAAAAAAAGGGAGGCUGCUGA